AUUAAAAAAACAAGGGAAAGACUUUGUUUGUUGUCUUCGUCAAACAAGUCAGUUUGUGUUUAAUAAAUUUAUUGCGUUGUUGCCGUUGCAACUUAUUUAUUUUUUAUCUAAGUGUUUAAAUUAAAUUUUCCACCAUGGCGAAAAUGGCUUUUCAGCACCAGGCCGGCACGGCAAUGGAAUGUCUAAGUAUACCUAUAACACUUCAAAAGGAGGCCGGUGUUGACUCUGAGGGCCGUGAAGUCAUGAAAUGUGGAUUUAAAAUUGGUGGUGGAAUCGACCAAGAUUACCGUAAAAGCCCUCAGGGGUAUACAGAUAAUGGUAUUUAUGUAACUGAGGUACAUGAAGGUAGUCCUGCUGCAAAAGCUGGUUUGAGAAUGCAUGACAAGAUAUUGCAAUGCAAUGGAUAUGAUUUUACUAUGGUGACACAUAAAAAAGCAGUUAGUUACAUAAAGAAGCACCCAGUACUAAAUCUAUUAGUAGCUAGAAAAGGAGUGACAUCAACAUAAUUUAACAUAACUAAAUCAUGACAUUUUGAGUUGGAUGCAGUUAAUUUCUGUGGGUCAAAUAUUUUAUGAAAAUGUUUCUCUAUUGGAAACAAAGUUUACUUUUUACAUUAUUUGCUGUUGUUGUUUGUGACUUUACUAAUUUAAUGAUAAUGAUAACAUUGGAUAAACAUUUCCUUUUAAAAUGAGUAAGAGAAAUUCACCUUCACAUUGUGUAUAUUGUAAAAAUAUGGUCUGUUUAUUCUUCAAGUUGAUGUGUUAAUGUUGCACUUAUAUUUAUUUAUUAAGAUCAAUCUUUCAAAACUUUUCACCACUAACAACAGCUAUCAAAAAACAAAUUUAUAACGUGGUAAGACAUACAAGUUUAAUUGAUGAAUUUGCAUUACUUAAUAUUCUUGUAAAUGAUGGUUUACCUAAUGCUAUGCGUAAUAUAUUUUCCUCUAAAGUGUUGCAUGAUAUUGAUUUCAAAUAAGUAUUUAUUGUACUAUGUAAGAAUUUUUAUUUAUGACAAAUAACUUCUUUGAUGCAUUUACUCAAUAUAUUUAUACUCUGCAGAAUUGUACAAAAUUAAUACCUAUUUAUGAUUUGUUUCACUAGUGAGUUACCAUUCAUUUGAGAGGACUGUCGUUAAUGAAAUUUUGAUCAAACUUUACAAAACUUUCAAUUGUCAUAAUAAAUAAUAUUAAUUUACAGUUUGAAUGAAUAGAGCUCUUUGCACUCACUCAAUAUUAAUAAAAAAUAUUAUGAUGGAAUAAUUUAUAGUUAGUGUAAGUUCAUAUAAUAAGCUGACUUAAAUCUGUUUACAAUUUGUGUCCUAUAAGUUUGUGUAUAUCAGAACAUUACACCUUCAGUUAUAUUUAGGAAAGUUAGUUAAUACUGAUACAUUUUCAAUGAUUGUAUUGAAUUGGAAUUUACCAGAUCAGAGGCAUUCUGGAAAAAGGUCAUUCUAGAUUACCCGAAACUGAUGAGCUUGCAUGAACAGAGCUAUGAAAGAGGAUGAAGCAAGAAUUAUGCUGGGAAAGUAACAAGUGGAAAGAUGUAAUCUUUGCCUAUCCCUAUGGGAAAGUGGCUUGAAUUAUAAGUAUGAACAUUACCAACUAAUUUCAAGUUAUUGUCCUGAAAUACUAAAGGGUACUUAAUGUUAGACAUAAAAUAAACAUGUUUCUGUGUCUAUUUAAAAGUUUUAAAAUAUUAAGAAAGAAUUUUUAACUUACUUAAAUAAUUUAUGCUAAACUGGGUUAGUAGUUAAAUACUGUUCUCUUGUUUUAAAUCUGUGAUUGUCUAUGAUUUUACUGUUAAGCAUGUAAUAAAUAUUAGAAAUAUAUUAAUUGGUUGUGGGUAUAUCUUGUUACAUCAGUUUGAGGCAUGAAAUUCUAAGAAUUGAUAUUAUUAAAAUAUAUUUAUUGCACAUAUUAUGGGAAUAAUGCACUGUGCCAAAUAGAUUUUAAAACACACAUUUUAUAUGAAAGUAAAAAUACUUUGAUUUUUAACAUACUGGGCAGAAUUAAUGUAGAAGAAUAAAAUGAAGUGAAGAUAAAAAUGGCCUAAUAUGAAACAUGUGUAGUAAUAAGACUAUGUAUUUAUAAAAGAAAUAAACCAGAUCACACUACCUAAAGUUCAGCCAAAGAGAAUAGAACAAGAAAUAUUUAGGCAACCAAUUAUUCUAUCAGUCUUGAUUAUUUCAAGAUUUUGUAGGAUAGCUUUUAAGAUACCAUUUUUUACGAAAUAUGCAUUUACAAGAUAUUUUCUAUUAAGCUGUACUUUAUUUAAUUAUAGAAGCUACUGUUUUGAUUUUUUGACAACAAGCUUGUAACACCAAUGUGUUGCUAUACAUUUGUUUUUUUACAGCUUUCUUCAACUAUAUAUAUGUAUAUAUCUACUAUCAUUUUGAUAUUAAUUGUUAAAUUAAUUGUUAAAUAGUACCUAUAGAAUUCUUUACUUAUCUUUUUGUCAAAACUGAAUUUCAUAUUUAUUUAUAUUUUCUAUUAUUUCUUCACAUUCUAUUAUGUUCAAUAUUACAUGAACUUUGCAUGAACUAUGUAGCACAAACAUUUUCGUUUUCAUAUAAGGAACUCUAUUAUCAAUUUUAUGUAUUAUAUUAUUAUUUAUAGAAAGAAUAAAUGUUAUGAAAAAUAAUGUCUUUUUUUCAACAACACAUUUAAAAUGAAUCUAGAACUUUCAUCAUCCAACAUCUGAACUAUACACACAAAAUCAUGUGGUCCACACACUGCAUGUUUUUGUGUGUUAACUUAUAAGAUGUAGCAUAUUUAACAAAAAGUAUGAACACAUUAAAUAUUUAUGACUAUUUAUUACAUAACAACUAUAAUGAAUGACACAUUGAAAAAUAUCAAAUUAAUUCUUUGCUGGUGGCCAAUCCCAUUGUCCUUUAGGUGGCUUAGCAAUGAGCGGUUCCCAUGGUUUCCAGUUCAACAUUUUUCUAGCAAGAUUUAGUUCAUUUUCAGCCUGGAUUAUUAGUUCUUCAGCUUGACCACAGUUGAUUCG